UGUAUCGAUCGGCAAGUAUGAAUAGGUUUUCGGACGACCAUUACAGCUAUUAUGGCUCGUCGUCGCCAUCUGCGAAAGUCCCGACGGCCCUGAGGGCGUUGUCGGACGAUAGUGGCAACGAGCUGCCAAUGUACGAGCCGCUAUCGGAUGCUGCUAAGAAGGAAAGGUCAAGAGCCAAGUUUGCGGAGAAGGCCGUUCAUGCCAUCCCUUUAGUGCUUCUUUUCUGCGCUUUCAUUCUGUGGAUGUUUUCUAAUCCGGAUAUCAACUUAAGAGAAAGUAUAAUUGCAGAAGAAAUAAAAGCAAUGGCAAAUAAAGGUGAGUUAAGCAGCGAUGAUACAGGACAUUUACCUCUACACCUUGUCGAUUUGCCGGGUACAAUAAGAGAUACCAAUACUAUUUUCUCACGAAAUAGACCAUGA